CUUUACCUUUCUCUCUCCUCCUUCCACUUCCCCUCUGCUCCUGGCGCGCCUCCGCCAGGCCCUCCUUCCCAGCAAGCACCCCCACUCCUCAUCUUUUCCCAACGGAUUUCCCAAGAACUAGGCCGGCCCUCCUGUUUAAUCCGUACGCCCAUUGAGUUGUAGGUCUUCCUAUGCGACUUCAAUGAUGGUGUGAGGACUGUGGAGGGAGAGGACUGAGGCGCCGACCUCGCCACCGGGGGAUUCGAUUCGUUCUCAUCCCUGAUCUCGCGUGUUCAGGUUUCUUGGGGUAGCCGGGGGAAGGAAUGCUAGUGGCGACAUGCUAAGCCGCAGAGCCGUGCGGUCGCUGUUGGAUCGUCUCCGGCCACCGCCUCGGGAGUGGAAGCAGAACCCUAGCCCCGCCAUGCCGACGGCCGUCAACCGCGCCUGCCUCUGCAGGUUCAGCCAUUCCGCUGCGCACGGCGAGGGUCGCGCUGUGCUGCCGGGGAAGAUGGGGUUCCUUCAUCUGGCCGGUGGGCAGAGGUUUGCGCCGAGCGGCGCGCUCAGCUUGAAGGGGUGCCUGGGGCGGCAGGACGGCGGUGGCGGCAGCGGGUUCAGGAGGAGGGUUGACGGGGAGGCGGCGGGGAUCAAGGCGCAGGUGCUCACCAGGCAGCGCCAGCUGAUGCGCGAUCCGGAGGUCCUGCCGCUGGAGGAGGCCGCUGCCACCGCAAAGACCCUGAACGGAAACGGCGCUUUCAGGCGAGGGAAGCCACUGGGGUUCCCUGAGCAGGCUGUGGCGGCUAAGAUGGUGGUUGCUGUUGAUGUGGAUGAAGUUCUUGGAAGCUUUCUUGCAGCACUAAACAAAUUUAUUGCUGAUCGUUAUUCUUGGAAUCACACAGUAUCUGAAUACCAUGUGUAUGAGUUCUUUAGGAUAUGGAACUGUUCUCGUGAAAGAGCUAAUUAUCUUGUCCACGAGUUCUUCACAACCCAUUAUUUCCAAAAUGGUAUACAGCCUAUCCCCGGUGCUCGAGACGCUCUCCAAAAUCUUUCUUCAUUCUGUAGCUUGUCUAUAGUAACAUCUCGGCAGGAUGCGAUUAAGAAUCACACAUUAGAGUGGAUAGAGAAGUACUAUCCAGGCUUAUUUGAGCAGAUCCAUUUUGGGAACCAUUUUGCUUUGGAGGGCAAGUCAAGACCAAAAUCAGAGAUUUGCAGAUCUUUUGGUGCUCAGGUUUUAAUAGAUGACAACCCAAGAUAUGCUAUGGAGUGUGCUAAUGAUGGCAUGAGGGUGCUGCUAUUCGAUUACGACAACUCAUACCCUUGGUGCAAGACUGGGGUUGACGAGUCGCAUCCACUGGUGACCAAGGUCCACAACUGGGAAGAAGUGGAGGAGAAACUUCAUUCUUGGGUAGUACCUGAGAGCUGACAUUCUUCUCCAGUGUGAGAAGCGUGCUUCCUAUUUCUUGAUUUAUGAAGAAAUGCGUUAGGGGUGAAUAGAACUUUGUUUUUGAUACACAAAGCUGUCAGCGCAGGCUAGGGCAUUUCAUAUCUUUGCUGAGGGACUGGUGAGUGAACAUUGUUUCGUUGCCACAUGCUGGUCGAGGCGAACCAGUUUAACAUUGUCCUAGAUCCAAUCAAGGCAUUGCCUUUUUUUUCAUCCUUUCGCCCUAAGGUGGGUGUAGUAUGUAUAUAUUGACAUUGCCAUAUGGUAAGAUGAAUUUAGAUGCUAAUAAUAAUGGAUCAUCCACAUGCCGUUCGGAUGAA